AUGCUUUUCAGCAACAUAACACCAUCAAAACCUCUUCAACAUCUCUCCAUCUCAUCAUCAUCUUCCUCUCAUCAAACGACGGAUCAAAUUCCUCAAACCUCCUUCUCCGAUCGACAAGCAGAGCACCGUCGCUUCUUCUUCUUCUCUCAUCACAUCUCAGCUCACAGACUUCGUCUCACUUCAGAUUUUAAACUCACUCCUAAGGGAGAUGAAGAAAGGAACAUUGCUUACCUACCGGAAGAAUAUGAGAAGUUCCGUAUAGGAGAUCAAGUGAAGGUUGAAGGUGAUGAUUUAUGGUUCAAGACAGAGUGGAGAUGGAUAGUGCAGAGAAGAUCCAGGAAUGAUGGUGGAGAGAGAGAGGUUGAAAGGUUUCAAAUGAAAAUUGGCAAAGGUUUAUGUUUCAAAUUGGCUUGA